AUGAUGAUGAUGAUGUACCACCAGGAUUACAAGUGGUACCAGAUUUUCGUCGUCCUUGGCCAUCACAAGAAACUAAGAGUUUCAACAAGAAUUAAAAUGGGAGGUGAUACGGAGCAGCUGGGCUCAGCGCCAAGGAGGCGAGUUGAUUGGGCAAUACGGCGGUGCUGCGUGAUUCGGCAGCGGGGGUGGCUUCUUCCGGUCGAUGCUGUGGAUGCUGCAAUGUUGGGUUCGUGCGGUGGCGUCGGGGAGAAUUCGCUUUAG